AUGGGCUCAACACAGAAAAAACAACUCAUCAUCAACGCGUUUGCCAUGCAAUCGCCCUCCCAUCUCAAUCCCGGUCUCCAUCGGUAUCCCACAGACCAAGGACCCAACUACAAAUCCAUCAAGAACUGGAUCGCUCUGGCACAGAAGCUGGAAGCAGCCAAGUUUCAUGCCAUUUUCUUCGCCGACGUGCUCGGUGGCUACGAUGUCUAUAGAGGUCCUGCCAACCUCGAGCCGACCAUCCCCGCCGGCGCACAAUUCCCCAUCAACGACCCCCUGUACAGUGUUUCGGCCAUGGCGGCCGCAACCGAGAGUAUCGGUUUUGGCAUCACCGCGUCGACAACAUACGAUGCUCCCUACGCUCUCGCCCGGCGGUUCUCAACGGUGGACCAUCUCAGUUACGGACGCGUGGGAUGGAACAUCGUCACCUCGUACCUGGACUCCGCGGCGCGGAACUUUGGUCUCAAUACGCAGGUGGAGCAUGAUGAGCGGUAUCGGAUAGCGGACGAGUAUCUGGACGUCACCUACAAGCUGUGGGAGGCCUCGUGGCGAGAUGGAGCUGUCAGCCACAAGGAUGGUGUGGCUGGAUACGCUGACCCCCAGGCUGUGAGGCAGAUCCAUCACCAGGGCAAGUAUUUCAACGUUCCUGGCCCGCAUCUCUGCGAGCCGAGUCCGCAGCGCACGCCAUUCUUGUUGCAAGCUGGCACCUCGUCGGCGGGCAAGACGUUCGCCGCCAAACACGCGGAGGCCAUCUUUCUGAAUGGGCAGAAGCCAGAGUUGGUGAGGACGUCGGUGGAUAGUAUUCGGUCGCAGGCGAAGGACUUUGGGAGAGAUCCUGCGUCGAUCAAGAUCAUCGCCGGCUUGCUGGUCAUUGUGGCCGAGACGGACGAAGCGGCGCAGGCCAAGUUCGAGGAGUUGGCCGGCUAUGGCGACACAGAGGGUGCCCUGGCGCUCUUUGGUGGAUGGUCGGGGUACGACCUGUCCAAGUACGGGGAUGAUCAGGACUUUCGCUUUGUCGAGCAGCCCGCCAUCCGCAGCAUGGUCAACCACUGGGCAAGUACAGUCCCUGGAACGGAUGGGAAAAAGUGGGACAAGAAGACAAUCGCCGAGUAUCUGCGUCUGGGUGGGAACGGAGCCAAGGUGAUUGGAAGUCCCCAGACGGUGGCCGAUGAACUGGAACGAUGGGUGGAAGUGGCCGACGUUGACGGAUUCAACUUCAGCUACGCCACCAUCCCAGGGACAUUUGACGAUAUCAUCACGUAUCUGCUGCCCGAACUGCGCCGACGGGGUCUUUUCUGGGAGGACUACACUGUGAGAGGAGGGACGCUGCGAGAGAACAUGUAUGGUCUGAAGGGCCAGAAUCGACUGCCAGAGGCGCAUCCAGGAGCCAAGUACUUCUGGAGGGAGGGAGAGGAAGUUCCUACAUAUGCAAGAGAAUAG